AUGAUUGAAGGGACUAGACUGUUUAUAAGGCUGGAAUUGAGAUUCUACGGAACAAGGGCUUCCAAACGAGCCUCCAACAGCCGCGAUAUGAGCAUUUUGAAGUACAAUACAAGUAAGCAGAACAGACACCUUUUACUCGUUGCCCUGGAACAACAACUGAAAACCGGAAAGUUUCCCUCUCUGGACACUCAAUUGAACGCAACUGUGUCUAUUUUGGCGAAGGAAUUGUUGCCAGACACCACAGCUUCGUUGCAACAGCUGCGAAAACUGUUCCAACUCAUCUUACAGGGUAAAGUCAGCGCUCGGCACAUCGACCGGGCUUGGAACGGGCAUUUUGUGAAGCAAGAGGGUAUGGUGAAUGUAGCAGAGCCUCAGAGAAAGACCAAGACUCUGAGAACUGCUCAAAAGGCCGGUUCGGACUUGUUAGAACUGCAUCCAUCCACUCCAAAAGAAUUUCACAGGACUUUAGAUACCUUGGGUCUUGGAAUGGCCAAUACUGGUACUACAAAGCCAGGUCCAGAAUCAAAAUGGCAACCACCCGCUAUGACCAGACCCGGUGAUAUAAAUUUGUCGUCGUUGCAAAGUUUCCUGCAAACAACCGAAAAAUCAAAACGAGAACAACGACAAUUUGCAACGGAACAGACCAGAAAAUACCAAUGGAACCAGAAUUCCGCAAAUCCUACUGCAUGGUCCCCAGGUAUGCUCCUUUUCGAAAACAAUACGUCUCGAAGAAGAUCGGUUUUUUCCAAGAUUUUCCACUGGAGAGGUCUAGGUAUGGCCCAGCCGGAUAACAGAGGUAAUCAAGCUCCAAUGGCAAUGUCUACUGAAUUGCUUAUAUAUGAUCUGGAAAAAGGGACUCGAUUGCUGACUUCAUGGAAAGCUCAAUUGACUAAUAUACAUAUAGAGUACAAGGACCUGUUCACGGUGAUAAAUGGCAGCAGCAAAUCACCAGAGCAUCUGCUGAAAGUCAUAACAGAUCUUGAGCGCGAUAAAUGGCAACUAAUUGGGGACUCUUUGGUAGACGGAGCACGCAAACUGGUAUUUAAGCGGGGGAGCGCCGAAGGUGCAGGUAAAACAGGAUUCUCUCGAGCAACAAACGUUGUACUCGCGAUUUUGCUCGCGGGCUUCACAACCUAUGGUUUCGAGCUCAGACAGCAGCGUUUGCAGGCGACGAACUCGAUAAAAUACCAUCAUCAUGCGCAAGAGAUAUAA